CCCACCCGGAAGGGCCCGACCGGGACCACGUGGUGCGGGACCACGUGUUGGCAUUGUCAUGGCGUCGGCGCCCAAGCGGUUCAAGGCGGCGGUCGGGAGCGGCGCCCAGGGGAAGAGUAGUGCCGACCCCCUCUCCGGGUUCCUGGCAUGGUGCGGGCGGGCCGGGGUGGAGCUGAACCCCAAGGUCCGCCUGAGCAGGGAGGGCGCGGUGGCGGGGUACGGGAUGUUGGCCGCCGAGGAGCUGGAGGCGGGAGAGGUGCUGUUCACCAUCCCUCGCACGGCGCUGCUGUCCCAGCACACCACGUCCAUCCACGCACUCUUGCAGGAAGCCCAGGAGUCCCUACAGAGCCAGUCCGGUUGGGUCCCUCUCCUGCUGGCCUUGCUCCACGAGUACACAGCCAGCAACUCCCACUGGCAGCCGUAUUUCUCCCUCUGGCAGGACUUCCGGAGCCUGGACCACCCCAUGUUCUGGCCCCAAGAAGAGCGAACAAGACUCCUGCAGGGCACAGGCAUCCCAGAAGCUGUGGACAAGGAUCUAGCUAACAUCCAGCUGGAGUACAAUUCCAUCAUCUUGCCUUUCAUGGAGACCCACCCCGACAUCUUUGAUCCCAAACUGCACACUCUGGAGUUGUAUAAGGAAUUGGUGGCAUUUGUCAUGGCUUACAGCUUUCAGGAACCUUUGGAGGAGGAAGAAGAAGAUGAGAAGGGGCCCAAUCCUCCCAUGAUGGUUCCUGUAGCAGACAUUUUGAAUCAUGUGGCCAACCACAAUGCCAACCUGGAAUACUCUCCUCAAUGUUUGAGGAUGGUUACAACGCAGCCCGUGAGGAAAGGACAGGAGAUCUUCAACACGUAUGGGCAGAUGGCCAACUGGCAGCUGCUGCACAUGUACGGCUUCGCAGAGCCCUACCCCGGCAACAGCCACGACACAGCCGACAUCCAGAUGGUGACGCUGCGCAGGGCGGCUCUGCAGCGUGCCAAAAGUGAAGCACAGCAGCAGCUGGUCUCAGAGCAGUGGGACUUCUUGUGCCAGCUGGAGAUGGUGGGCGAGGAAGGUGCCUUUGUGCUUGGCUGGGAUGAGGUGUUGACAGAGGAAGAGCUGUCCAUGACCCUCAAGGUGCUCUGCAUGUCAGAAGAAGAAUUCAAGGAGUAUAAGGAGCAAGAUGGCUGGGAAGAUGACAGUGAGGAAGAAGAAAACUCUACCCUUUCAAAUGAGGCCCUCUGCAGACUUAAAACCCCUUGCAAGAAGCUCCUUUAUGACAGUGUGCUGCUGACCCUGGAGUCCUAUGGGGCAGACCUGAAAGCAGAGCAGGACUUGCUAAACAACAAGGAGGCUUAUGAGAAACUGAGUCGAAGGGAGCAGCAAGCGCUGCACGUGCGCUACGGACAGAAGAGGAUCUUGCAUCAGCUGCUAGAGCUGGUACAAUAGAAACCACAGUGCCCCUGGCCAGGACCUGCCUGGGGCUGAUCCCGAGGGAAAGGUCAGCCUCUGGCCACCUCCUCCACAGCAGAGAGGACAGCUGGCAAGAGUGACUGCGGGUCCACUUGUCCCUCAUACAGCACAUGGAUUUUUAGCUACCUCUACAUAAAGAAGUAUCUUCACAGCACAAAGGUGGUUUUGAGUGGCCUUAUUGUACCAUGAGAGCUUGGGUAACGCAAAUGCCACCUUUUUCCAGAGGCUUUAAGAAACCCCAGCCAUCCUAAUGGCUGUUUUAGGAAGGCAGACACACACAGCCAGAACAGCAGAGGAUUCCCUCAUUCAGCAUCGGAAGUUUAUGGCAAGAGCUGCUCCUUGUCCAAACUAAGAGGGCAGAAAUCCAUCCAGCUGGUAGCUCUUACCUUAGAGAGGUUCAGAGUAAAUAUCUGGCAGGUGAACCUGCUGACAACAGUAAACUCUUCAUCUGUACAUAUUUUAUGUUGAACAUGUUCGAGAGUACAAGUCCAUCUAGCUGGUCUUCAUGUAGGCUCAGUAUAACAAGUAUUUCCUUUUAUUUCCACAAAAGGUAUUUCUGUGUGGGCUUCAGACUACUCAGGAGGAGCACUGUCACAGUUCCACAGCUGCUGCAGGCUGAGCAAUUGAUAUACACCCUCUGCUUGAUGCAGUUCUACCCCGAACUCACUUUGGUUUUGCAUGACAAAACACUGAGGGUUGGCAGGCCAAGCUCUAUUUAAUAAAAAUGAGUUUUCUUACCCAGUCCAUGCUCUCUACUUCAACAGGGUAUGAAGUCCCAUCUAAGCAGGGGCAUUGUUGUCUGCUACUGCAGACAAGCAAAACCCACAUUGCACUCAUGACAAAGCUCAGCUACAGCCCUGCCUGCAAUCUUGGGGACAGGGUGGUUUAACAGUAUUGAGGGGAGCUUGUUCUGGUUUCCCAGUUGGGACAAUAGCGAAUUUGACCAGAACUGCACACAACUGCCACUAUCCUUCAUAGAGACAUUGUUAAAACUGGUAUUUUGGUAUCCUGUGUCCCCAAAGUAAUCAUAUUGGAAAAUGCACAUGCCAGAGGAGUAUUAUGUUUUGUAUCUUGGUUAAACUUUGGGGUUUGUGUUUUAGAUGGUGUUUGUUUUUUUUUUAGAUGUGCAUAGUUGUUAUACCUACUGUUUGUAAUUGUUUGCCUGCAUGGGCAUUGGAUGUUCCACCUCACUGGAGAAGGGCAUUGGAUGUUCCACCUCACUGGAGAAGGGCAUUUUGAGAACUUCAUGUUUACACUCUAUUUUUGGAUCAAAGGGAAAGCUUGCAGGGGAUUCGCUUACUAAGAAAAAGUUGAUUAUGUGGUGGCCUUUGUAUCUAUUAGAGAAUUACAGAAAAUGGCCUCAGAAUGGAUCCUGCAAUUAAUGUUCCUUUGUUGCCAGGAAGGAAAACAGGGCAAAGUACCAGAUGUUGAUCUGUUCUUUGCAUUGAAGAAUAAUGGUAAGGCUUGGAAGGAAUGUGGAUUGAUGACAGCAGACUCUCAUGUUUUAGCACUAGAGAAAUAAAAAGGAAGUGUAAUGAAGAGAAUGAGGUGAAGAAGAGAAAGGAAAGGGGAAAAGAGAUCAGGAAAGGGAGGGUAAAUUUGGUUGAUUGCUGUUACAGUUGGAAGGGCAGGAGGUAAUGUAAGGCAAUCAGAUUUCAACUGGUAAAUUCCCAUCUAGUAGGAAAAAUUCAACGGAGUUACUGUAAGCAGAAUGGGCACUGGAAACAUGCCCACAGAACCCUGGGCACAGGUAAUCCUGAAAGAUGGGAGACUCCACAAGUAGGAAGACUGCUUACACUCAAUUGGGAUUUAGACUGAGAGGUCCACAGAAUCCUCAACAGAACAGGUUACAGUAAAUUUGGGGAAUAAAAAAGUAGAAUAUCUAACAGAGGAGCAACUUGGAUGUAAAUAAGCCUUCAGUAAACAAAGCACAUCUAUAGCUGGAGCCAUAGGAACAAAGGAAAUAAAGCCAUUAUUCCAGCUACUCAAAUUUGGAAUUGGAAAGAGUUUUAUAAAAUUUCUGUACAUAUCCAAAUGCCCAAUGCCAUUAUUAGGAAAAAAAAAUAAGUACAUUAAAUGCAAAAAGAACCUCUGAAAAAGUAAUCCAUAAACCAGAAGAAAAAGCCCUGGGGCCAUAAAUGUUUAUGUUACAGGAUCAAAAACACCCAGAGAGGAAGAGAUACCUAUAAAAACAGAAGAUGGGGUGACUCCUCUCAUUUAGGUGACUGGCACUCCUGCAAGAUCACAAGAAGCAAAACUGGUAACAAUCCAAUUAAAACCAGGCACAAGAUAGGUAAGAUGAAAACAAUACCCUGUUAAACUGGAAGCCAAAAAAAGGCUAGAGCCAAACACUGAAAGAUUUAUUAGCUUUGGGUUGCCUCAGGAAUGCCAGUCAGUUUAAUACCCCAAUUCUACCCAUUAAGAAACCAUACUCAGAUGAGUAUCAGCUAGUCCAAGAUUUAAGAGCCAUAAAGCUUGCACACAAGAUGUGCAUUAACCACCUAAAAAGACAUUGGUAAAUGAUUUAGGGCAUUAGAUUUGAAAGAUAUUCCCUUAAAAAAUAUAUCCUUUUGUAUCCCACUGGAUGCCAGAAUUCAGUGAAAUGUAAACUUUAAGGAAUUUAUACAUUUUAGAGGAGCUAAGAUUUUAGCCUUACUAGAGUUAAUUAAAAUAAUAAUAAUAAAUGAGUAGGCCUUGAUGAAGUUAGGAGUUAGUAGUUAACUAAUAAUUGAUUGCUUGUCAGCACAAUGUUUGGUUAGCUGGGUUUAUAAUGAAGAAUAUAGAAACUGACAAAUAGCUUUUAGGAACAUAAGACAAUUGUGGGCCUCCUCUGUUCUGAAACCAAUUGAAGACAAGGAAUGGGAGUUCUACCAAGAGUUCAUUUGUCAUAUUUGCAUUGAAAAGGUAGAAAGGUCAGAACGAGGAAGACUUCAUUUACUUCCUCAUUUUGGGACCCCUCCCCAUGAAAGGGACCACCGACCCAUUUCAAGGGACAAACUACACAUGCUUAAUAGCUUUUGGAAUGAUUAGCAUACGAAGUGGGGAAUGGGAUGUGCCAAAAUUAUGAAUAUGUAUUUGUAUUUUGUGUAUUCAAUACUUGUAUGGAUAAAAAGACUCUGUAAUCACCUGUAAGGAGUGGUGUGUAUUUGGGAGCUAUCCCACACGCUGCCCAGCAUCGAAUAAACAUUCACUUUCUAACUUUAAA